AGGCGGCGGCGGGCGGGGAGCCGGGUCCGGUCCCGGCGGCGGCGGCGGCCGCUUCCCACUGCGAUGGUGCCUGAGGGGAGCCGCGGCGGCGGCGGCGGCGGCGGAGGAGGGGCGGCGGCAGCAGCACGGCUCCAGCCCGGCCCUGGCAGCGGCAGGCGCGGCGCCAAGGCGGCAGCAGCCCAGCUUUGAAGUGCCUCAUUUGAUCUUGGGAGAAGACUUGUUGUCAUACCAGCCAGAAUGCAGAUUGAUCUAGAUGAAGUAGAAGAGACUAAAAGAAACUGCAAGCUUACCAGCACUGCUUAAAAGGAAUCCAAACCUUCUUGUUUGAAGACCUUGAUUUAUUUUGGAUUAGGAUCCCCAUGGCAUGUGAACUAGAAGAUAAUCUGAAAUAAAAGGUCUCUUAUUUUGAAGUGACAGUCUUUAUCAAAAUGGUUGGAAAACUUAAGCAGAACUUGCUAUUGGCAUGUCUAGUGAUCAGUUCAGUGACAGUGUUUUAUUUGGGCCAACAUGCUAUGGAGUGUCACCACCGAAUAGAAGAACGCAGCCAGCCUCUGAGAGUGGAAAAUGCGAGAAGCACACUAAGAACUGGUUCUAAUGUAAAUGAAAAUAAAACUUUUGCUUACAACAAAGACAUGCCUUUAAUAUUUAUUGGAGGAGUACCUCGAAGUGGUACUACUUUAAUGCGUGCCAUGCUUGAUGCCCAUCCGGAUAUUCGAUGUGGAGAGGAGACAAGGGUAAUCCCACGAAUUCUGGCUGUUAAGCAGAUGUGGGCUAGAUCAAGCAAAGAGAAAAUCCGACUGGAUGAAGCUGGAGUCACGGAUGAAGUGCUGGACUCAGCCAUGCAAGCAUUUUUAUUGGAAAUCAUUGUGAAACAUGGGGAGCCUGCUCCAUAUUUGUGUAACAAAGAUCCCUUUGCUCUAAAAUCCUUAACUUACCUUGCCAGAAUUUUCCCCAAUGCCAAAUUUCUUCUAAUGGUACGGGAUGGUCGUGCAUCUGUACAUUCCAUGAUAUCCAGAAAGGUCACCAUAGCUGGGUUUGACCUUAACAGCUAUAGGGACUGUUUGACCAAGUGGAAUCGUGCUAUAGAAACUAUGUAUAACCAGUGUAUGGAGGUUGGUUUUGAAAGAUGUAUGCUGGUACAUUAUGAACAACUUGUGUUGCAUCCUGAAAGAUGGAUGAGAACUCUCUUAAAGUUUCUCCGCAUCCCAUGGAACCAAGCAGUGCUGCACCAUGAAGAAAUGAUUGGAAAAGCAGGGGGUGUUUCUCUUUCAAAAGUUGAAAGAUCUACUGACCAAGUAAUCAAGCCAGUCAAUGUGGAAGCACUGUCAAAGUGGGUUGGGAAGAUACCUGCUGAUGUUCUGCAAGAUAUGCCAGUGAUUGCACCCAUGUUAGCAAAGCUGGGCUAUGAUCCAUAUGCUAAUCCACCAAAUUAUGGAAAGCCAGACCAAAAGGUUUUGGAAAACACAAGAAGGGUCUAUAAAGGUGAAUUUCAACUUCCUGACUUUCUUAAAGAAGUGCCACAGCCAAAGAAGACAGUAGAAAGGAAGUCCCGUGGCAAGAUAAAAUGAACAUGGAUCAGUAAAGUAGAAUAGCUAUAGUACUGAACCUAUGGAAUAGAAGAUACAGUGGAUAUUUCUUGCACAGAAG